GCCGUCUUCGACAGUGUAGCCAACAGUCCAUCUCAAACUCACGAGACGGUGUACGCCCGUACAAAAGCUUUUGGUUUUGGUAACAGUCCGUUGUAGCUGCAGUUUACUGGCUUGACCCCUUCAGACCUGCUGAAGACCCAGAUGCUAGCUGUCUCAGUCGCCUCCCACCGGCUCCAUCCCGCCUACUCCGCACCUGGGUUUCUCGACGCUUGCCGACUACAGGCAAAGUACCACUCUCACUCCGGAGACAUCGCUCGAAGAUCGGAAGCACUCACCGCUGACAUUCGUGUGUAUUGCCCAAAUUUGACCAAAGCGACAUGCAUUUUUAAAAAUUCAGCUAAUGUGGAAAUACAACGCAUUUUGAAUAGCACAGAUGAAACGUCAAAAUUAACUGAAAAUUGGUAGUGGGCUACGGCCGUGGACUGGAGAUAUCUCUCAACAGCAGCAUCCAGUGCGCUUUGGUUCCACUCGCUUGUCCAUCCCAGAUAGCCGAUCGGUUCACUCUAUUGACAGCGAAAUUCUUGGUCCCAUCGUCACUCUGACUGUUUGCUUUGGAGUUGGACUGAUAGAAAAACAACUUAUUGGACUUAUAUCGACAGGACUGCGAAACAAUUCAUCGUUCCAACGAUCCGAGUCGAAGACAGGAGAUUUAUUUUGCCUUCACAUCACCGUAACGCAUGGUGGGCAUUUCUGCCUCUUUUCAGUGUCGCACUGAGAAGCGCCUCACCAUGCCCGACUCACCGGCGGAUGUGAAAACGCAGUCCAGGUUAACGCCCCCUACCAUGCCCCCACCUCCCACCUCACAAGGAGCCCCCAGGACCAGCUCCUUCACCCCCACCACACUUACUAAUGGUAGUAGUCAUUCCCCCACCACGCUGAAUGGCGCUCCGUCUCCACCCAACGGCUUCAGUAACGGCCCUUCCUCCUCCUCCUCAUCCUCGCUGGCCAAUCAGCAGCUGCCGCCAGCGUGCGGAGCCAGACAGCUCAGCAAGCUCAAGCGCUUCCUCACCACGCUGCAGCAGUUCGGCAACGACAUCUCGCCUGAGAUCGGCGAGCGGGUGCGCACUCUGGUGCUUGGCCUGGUGAACUCCACUCUGACCAUAGAGGAAUUCCACUCCAAACUGCAAGAGGCAACCAACUUCCCGCUCCGACCUUUUGUCAUCCCCUUUCUGAAGGCCAACCUGCCCCUGUUGCAGCGCGAGCUCCUCCACUGCGCGCGGCUGGCCAAGCAGAACCCGGCCCAGUACCUGGCCCAGCAUGAGCAGCUCCUGCUGGACACCAGCACCACCUCGCCCGUCGACUCCUCGGAGCUGCUGCUGGACGUCAACGAGAACGGCAAGAGGCGGACGCCUGACAGAACCAAAGAGAAUGGCUUCGAGCGGGACACCCUGCACCCAGAGCAUCCCAGCAAGAGGCCCUGCACCAUCAGCCCUGGUCAGCGCUUCAGCCCAUCCAACGGCCUGCCUUACCAGCCCAACGGCAUGCCCCACCCCACCCCUCCGCCCCCACAGCACUAUCGCCUGGACGACAUGGCCCUGGCCCACCACUACCGGGAGUCCUACAGGCACCCCAACCACCGGGAGAUCAGGGAGCGUCCCAGGCCCAUGGGCAUGCAUGGAGCUCGGCAGGAGGAGGUCAUCGAUCAUCGGCUCACAGACCGAGAAUGGGCAGAGGAGUGGAAACACCUUGACCAUGUAAGAAAACUGCUGAACUGUAUCAUGGACAUGGUGGAGAAGACGCGGCGCUCACUGACGGUGCUACGACGUUGUCAGGAGGCCGACCGCGAAGAGCUUAACUACUGGAUCCGCCGCUACAGUGACGCGGAGGACCUCAAGAAGGGAAGCAGCAGCAGCCAGUCACGGCAGCAAAGCCCAGGCAGCCAGGACGGCUCACAAGCAGAGAUUCACCGGGACCUGCUUCACAGGCCAGUGUCAGGCUAUGUGCCAGAGGAAAUCUGGAAGAAAGCCGAAGAGGCUGUGAAUGAGGUGAAGAGGCAGGCCAUGUCCGAGCUGCAGAAGGCCGUGGCCGAGGCCGAGAGAAAGGCGCACGACAUGAUCAGCAGCGAGCGGGCCAAGAUGGAGCGCACCGUCGCCGAGGCCAAGCGGCAGGCGGCCGAAGACGCACUGUCCGUCAUCAACCAGCAGGAGGACUCCAGUGAGAGCUGCUGGAACUGCGGGCGCAAGGCCAGCGAGACAUGCAGCGGCUGCAACACGGCGCGCUACUGCGGCUCCUUCUGCCAGCACAAGGACUGGGAGAAGCACCACCACGUCUGCGGCCAGACCCUCCAGGCCCAGCAGCAAGGGGAGACGCCGGCCACUAUCAGCUCCUCGGCCACCCCCAGCAGCGGAGCGGUCAGCCCCUCCGACACGCCCUCAGCCGCCACACCCCGUUCCGCUACCCCCGGAACCCCCUCCACAAUAGAGGCCACUCCCCGUUAGAGAGCUCUCUUGACCGCAACCCCCCCCCCCCCGAACCCACCACUGUUUUCAAUCCCAUCCCCUUACAUCCAAUCCCUGCCCAACGUGACUCAAUUCCUGCCUCACAUAUGCCUCACUUGGUUCGCUGAAGAUGCUAGGCUAGCACGCUAGAUGCUAGGCUAGCACGCUAACUAUGAGAGAAGGGAGAACGUCUGGGAGAAGUUGACUGCUCGCAGAAGGAGGAUGAGGUCCAUAUCAGGUCAUAUUGACUUGUCAAAGAUAUUCUUUGAUGUUUAAAAAAAAACAUUUCGUUCCGUUUUGCUAUUGUUGCUAUAGCUACUAUCACUUGUUCAUUCGUCGUUGUCGUCGUCUCGUCUGUGUUUUUGCUUUUUUAUGUUCUUGUAAAUAAGACAGAGAAAAGAUGAACUCCGAAGACAGUAGAGACCUCCAGAUGAGAAUAAGUGAUCUCUCCCUCUUUUUCCCCCCCUCCUCUUUUGAGCAUUCUUACGUCCAGUAGCUGGGAUUGCAAAAAAACUAGUUGACCUCAUUGAAAGACACUUUACCAAACAAAACAAAAACCAAGGGAUAAUUCAUAGCUGUUGCAAAGCAAAGACAAAUAUUAUCUGUGAUUGGACAGCCAGGAACAGGAGUAAUAAGAGUAAAACAACAACAGAAUGCCAUGGGGGUACGGGAGCAGGACAAAAACGCAGCGCAAGAUGGAUGGCACGAGUGUGCUCUGGACUGAACUCUGCAGUUCCACAACCACAUGCACAGAUGUGCACCAGAUUGUGAAGGAGCACAGAUGUUUGUCCUUUUUCACCAUCCUCCCUGCCUCCCUCCCCCUCACACUUCUUCAAGACAUUGAAUAAUAUUCAGGUCAGUGGACUGAGAAAUAAGAAGCUGUUUCACAGUGAUAGGUAAGAGCACAGAGAGAGUCCAGGACUUGGACAUGAGAUCGGGACGUCAGACAGGUGGCUGCAGGACACUCUGAAGCACUACUUUCCCUACUGCACUCACUCAGCACAGGAAGUGCAUUCCCUCAACUAUAAGGAAGUGAAGUCAUCAGCCCCGCCCAGCACAAAGACUGUCGCACCCUCACUAUGACAGCGUCUGGGUACCAAGGGCUGGAAAUUUACCUACCGUUCCCCACGAGGCUUCUCCACAUCUUUCUGGAACGUUCUGGACGUUCUCCGGACCCAAUCACGCUCUGCUCAUAACGUCAGUCUUCAGGCUUUUCUUUUGUCUUCGUUUUCUUCUCCUAUUCUCUCGUUUUGUAGCUCCGUUUGUGUUAAAACACUAGUGUCCUGUGCAGUCUUUAAUGGUUAUUUAUUGUGUAUGUGUUGGACAAUUGUGACGAUGCAUUAUAGUUUUAAUCAUGGUCACAGACUCAUCCCUCUUGCUGGUGCAAAAAUGUGGAGAAAAAAAAACCCAUCCCUCUCUUUCUUGAGCUGCUUUUACAUUUGUCUGUGUUCGUGAUAGUUCCCAAGUGGCUCCUCAAGGAGAGAGAGACACUUCUUUCCGUUGCCCUGGAACAGGAAACACAAGCUAUCUCUCAGAGCUGCUAUUUCACGCGAAAUUCAGAUCUCUUGUCUGAGAAUUAGCAUGUUAUGUGGAAUGCUAAUAUUUGAUGAUUUGUACAAGGGACGUACAUAACUGUAUUUGCACUGUCACAAACUUUCUCUCAGCAUGCUUCUUGGCCAUUUUUGUCAGUAGAGAGCCAUUCCUCACAGAUUUUACUCUGUAGUGCUUUGCAUAGCCUAUCUGUGAUUUUUCUUUCUGUAAAAAGGAGAAAUUGUAUCAUGAUCUGCUUUUAUUAGUAACGUUAUAACUUUGCUUUGAGUAAAUACAGGCAGUGCAUGCACAUUACUGAACGCUGAGAUAUAUGUUGUUUUUAUAGAAAAAGAGAAAAAGUAAAAAAAAAAAUUUAAAAAAGGCAGUAAAAAGAAGAAAAAAACAAUGAACUAAAUUUCCAAAUGCAGAGGCAUAGACAGACAGCUUUAACACAACAGAGCACCAGGUCUCACACAGUAUUACGACAAAAAUUAAAGAAUUUAAACAUGGAUGACAGCCAAAGACAGACAUAAAGGACCAAAACCUGACUAUCCAAGAUCUAAAAAAAAAAGAGAUUUGUUCAAAUGUACGGUAACUCAUAAUUUUAAUCUCUCUUUUUUCAUUUCUUUUUAUUUUGAGCCAGCCAGACAUCAAGGGGGAACCAGCCUUUUCCUCAUUUAUUUUAACUCUAAAUUUAACCCACUGUCCCCAGUUUGUAUGGAGGAUAUGCCGCUGACUAUGACACACCUACUAACAGUAUGCACUGCAUUUCUUUAAAGUGCAUAGUGGCUUUUUUGUAAGAGCAAUAAUAACUAAAAGUUUGUAAAGCUGUGUGGUGUGUCAUGGUGUCAAGUCACUGGUAACGAGGUUUCCCCCUCAAGCUUAUAUAGCAUUUUUUCCUCACUUUAAGUUCUGUUUAAUACAGUUUUAUUUCCCCUAUGGCACUUGUGUGACAUCACCACCCUCCCAUUGGUCAAGUGGCCCUUGAAAAAGGUGUGUAAUUAUGACGAGGUUAGACUUCACAUGUUUGACAUCAUUUCAGCGCAGUGGCUCACAUAGUGAACAGGGUUACUUUUAGUCCACAAUUGGUGGCGGUGGCAUCAGUUUCACCAUUCGACGCCAAGCCAUGGAGAAAUGGAUAGGAUCUGUAACUCAUUUUCUUAUGAUAAGUAUUGAAUAAAGAAAACAGAACAACCUCCUUUUGAUUGGUUGGAGUAGGAAGAGGGAACCCAAUGAGCACUUACUUAGAUGCACACAGAAGAUACACACCCAUCCCCACAUUCACUCACACACACACACACACACACACACACACACAGAAAAAAAAGUAGGAAAUAACAACACAAACAACAACUAAUGGUGCUACAGAUGCUCACUUGACCUCUGAGGUAGGAUGGCGAUACAGGUUUAACGUAACGGUGGACGUUUCCUCCUCCCUCCUCUCUUUUUGUCCUUCUCUCUCUCUUUUUCUCGACUCUGUGGGGUUGAAGAAUCCAAAUAGGUGUCUGACACCCUUACACGUCUCCUCAGAAGCUGCCUGGCAGCAAAGCUGUUUGAACACUAGCGUGUUGUAUUUCAAAAAUAUAGACAAUGUAGUGUGAUACACUCGAAUCUAACCAGGUCAACCUGGGCACACCACAAAAGAAGACAAACUGUAUAGAUAAACCUCGAUAAAAAAAAUAAAAGAAGCUCUUUUCUCCUCUUCUUCACUAUUGUCUGUUUUGCUACAAAGUCCUCGGUGGCAAAAAACGUUGUACUCUACCUCUGACUGCAGGAUAAGAGCGCCAGUGGCAGAGCAGACACUGGUCUAGUCAAACCAAAAUGGGUGGGAAAAAAAGAACAGGAAAAAAUCCCAAAGUUUCAGGCUCAUACAGCUGCAAAACCAUAUCACUACUUGGUAACAAUGCAGACCUCAUGAAACCUAAUGAAUAGAAAUGAUAUCAAAAAGAGAAAAAAAACUUUUCUUACAUUGUGUUUUGUCUUUUUCACUCUCUAUCUCUCUCUCUCUCUCUCUUACACAUUCACACACAAACACAAAAACAUAUGCACACACAGACACACAUAUAUACAACGUACACAUAUACUCAUGCACACAGAUGGCAUCAAGGUUUUGAUUUGUGAGGUAAUGAAUUAAGGACAAAAACAUAGUGAUUGUAGAGAAUGUGUGACCUCUGUUUGAUAUUCAGUUACAGCCGCGCUCUAAGAUCAGAAAUGUGAUUUUCUCCCCCCCCCCUUUCAUUUCUUCUUUCUCUGCUGCCCCUCCUCCCCCCUUACCUCCCCCCUCCCUGUUGUAAACAUGCUAGGCCGUCUGUCAAUGUUAUUUAGGUUCACGUUGGGGGGUAUAUACAUAAAGACAAAAAAAAUGUUUCUUAAAAAAAUACAAAAAAAAAAACAAAUGAAAAAAAAUGGCUGGUGAAUUUCCGCAUGCCUCUUUUUUUUACCUACGGGGGAGAAGUGUGUGCACUCUCCAGCUUGAAAAACGAGGGAAGCACUGGGAUGAUGGAAGGGACCUUCUCAAAGUGACAAAUGGAAAUGGGUCCAUGGGUGGGGAUCUGCUCAGCAGAGCGCUGAGAGCUAGGGGUGGAUGGGACGGGAAGGGAAGGGAAUGGGUUUCUGAGAAAUUUUAUUGUGAAGAUAAAACUCAAAUAAAUUAAAAGUCAUUGUGCAAUACUUCAUUGAAACAUGAACCACAGAUUUAUGGUAGACUGACACUGAGAGGUGGUCCUUCAUUGCUUUGUCAGUAUACAAUUCAGCUUUUCUUCAAGUCUACUAUGUCAGAGCUGUGGUUCUUUGUUUGUUACUUCUUUUUGUUUUCUUGUUUUGUUUUGUUUUGUUUUUUGUUUUCUCUUUUUUCUUGGCCUGUAUUCUAUGGUCUGUCAGUCUGUGAAUCUUUGCAGUAUGAUUCUGGUAUCGUUGUACUCUUUACUGUGUAAUAAAUAUGUUAAUACCUGCAUCAGA